GAAAAGAUAUUUACAAUCUUGACAAUAGCUUGAAGGUUGGUAAACAAGACUGUGAUUAAUCUAAGCAAAUGCGUCACUGACCCUAUAAUAAUUGAGAAACUAUUUUGUUUUCAGAAAAUCUCUUACGUCAGCAGAUAAGACGAUAAAAAUAAGUAAAGAAAAUAAAUAUAAGGAAAAAAAAAUAAAAAUGGACCGGAGUGACAGUGCCUUGGGCUACAUAUUAUCUGGUUCUAUAUUCUACAUCUUUGGAUUGAAGUGGUGUUACGAAUAUGCCAAAUACUGGCACUGCCACCGUGAUUUGGAUCACGAACGAGAACCAACAAAACUCGUCAGGGUUUCUCGGAGCUGCCAGAAGCUCUUGCGACGGCAUCCGCUGGAGGGAACCCUCAAGUUGUUGGCGACGGCGUUGGGUUUGGCAAGCACCCUGACGGGGAACUUUCCUAAUAGUGUUGAGACAGCGUCGUCACCGAAGGUGGUGCACGCGACAAUUUACCUAUUCUUUGCGCUCUCAGGCCUCGUCGAUGUUCUUACUUUCUACUUUCCUCACGUUGUAAGCGACGGUCUGGCCAAGAUGGCGCUUGCCCAGGCCUUCUUUAUCGAGGGAUUUUUGUUUUUGUGGCCCAGCGAGUCCAAUGACUCUAUGAUCGUCUUGGCUGGGAUCGUCUGGACCAGCUCUUUUGCCGUCGUUCUCGAGUUGGUCUGGCCCGAGAUGAAGCUCCUCAGGGCAACCUCCACUCUGCUUCAUGGUGGCUGGCUCGCUCACAUGGUCAGAACCAGGGUAGAAAGCAAUUUUGCCACACUCGCUGAAUGUAUUCUUAGAUCUUCGAAAAACGAGACUCUUGCUCUUUCCUUCUCCUGGCACUUUGCAGCUUCUUUUAUUGUCACACUCUGCGUAGUCGCUGUCACAAGAAGUUGCGCGCCGAAACUGAGGCCUGGCGAUCCUCCUGAAAUUCCCAUCUAUGAUUACUGCCAUGACGUCGAUCAGAGAGUUUAGUGCCAAAUCUGUUUAGCCUGUGAUACAUGAUAAGGCCAGAUCAUCUCGCUUUUAUGGCUCCUAACUUCUUGUCUCUGUUCACAGUAACACCAUUCAUUAGUUAUUUUAUUAAUGUGCCUCGUUUAUUUUUGUUCUCAAUGUAUGAAGAAGUCUCAAGUAUUUCAUUCUAUUUUCUCAUUAAUUUUUUUAUUUAUUCAAUUUUUUAUUCGUAUAAUGUAGAUAUGAAUAUUGUCGAUUCGAGUACCAAUUUGAUUUACGAUUAGCUAUAUUGAUCCUUUUUACAGCAAUUUGCUUUUAGUAUCUAAUGCUUAAUGCCACAUGAUCAACUUGGUCCCGUCAUUAACGUGCCUAAAGUAAACAAUAUUUUUAUACAAUAAAUUUGUAUAUUAUAGUAAUUUUUGUGAUAUGACUGUAUAAUAUACAAUGACAAAAUGUUAUUAUUCAACCAGUCGCCAACUGCCAGUGCCUCACAUGAUAUAUGUAAUCAUAUUGGAUUAUAAUAUCGUGUAAUUGAAAUAUUGUAUAGUUUUAUAUGCAUAUAAGCGUUGUUAUAUUUUGUACACCGUUAUCCAGAUCUUGAAUUUCUAGAUCUG